AAGAAAAAUGAAGAUGCGGCCACUCCGGAGCCCACUUUAUUAGGUUUACCUCGAGACCGUUCACUUUUGAGGUUUGAAAAGGUACGAGGUACGUACCGGGCUUGAGAGCCUCACAGUCAGCUAUCCCGUUAGGGCAAUUCUUCGAAUUCUCAAUCCUGUACGACCAAGGACCCAUCCCAUUGGGAGAGCGUAUGCAGCUAACGAGAAAAACCGGUACUUUGGGGCUUGCGGGUUUACGUAUAAGAUUUUUAAGUUUUAGGGGUCCAGGGGCAAGUCCGCAAAUUAAAAACUUGCAACAAACCACCACUUCAAACCUCCAAUUCCGUAUCGGCCCUUCAAUAACGGCACCCAUUAACCCAAAAUAUGCUUCGCUGGUACCAACGAAAGCUCGCCUCGCGGCCGUUAUUGACGCAGAGCGUCACGACCGCUGUGCUAUUCGCCGUCGGCGAUAUCACAGCGCAGCAGGCCGUCGAGAAGAAGGGUCUUGACAAGCACGAGUUUGCCCGAACUGGUCGCAUGUUCCUCUACGGUGGCGCCAUCUUCGGCCCCGCAGCCACGACCUGGUACGGGAUCCUGCAGCGCUCUAUUCAGUUGCGCAAUAAGAGGGUCGAGAUGGUCGCGCGCGUAGCUGCCGACCAGCUGAUAUUCGCGCCGACCUUCAUCGGGAUAUUCUUGUCGAGCAUGGCCGUCAUGGAGGGCGGAUCUCCCAAGGAGAAGCUGGCCAAGAGUUACGCGCCUGCGCUCCAGACAAACUACCUCAUCUGGCCGUUCGUCCAGAUGGCUAACUUCACCUUCGUGCCUCUUCAUCACCGCGUCCUCGUCGUCAAUCUCGUCAGCAUCGGCUGGAACUGCUACCUUAGCAUGAUCAACAGCCAGAAAUGAGCGAGCUUGCAACGCAACCGGUUCGUUGGCUUUCCUUUGGCUUAGGGGACCUUUG